UCUGUUUUACAUUUUAGACAGUGACAAAUGGGGCUCUUUCGAGGAAAGAUUGUGAAAGGUUUGAAAUUUGCAAAAACAAAACGAUCAACAUAUCUACUAAAGAGAAAACCAUGCGUUUUGACCCCAGGUUCAACACCAUUUUCGAAAAGAUUAAAAUCUUCGGAUUCUACCACGGCAACACCAUCGUCAUCAGCCUCAAAAAAGGUAAAAUUAAAGAGACUAGUAAGUCCUAUGAAAUCGUCAAAGAAGAAAAUCUUAUUUACGACCAUUGACCCCGUACCUGAUAUGACUACAACUUCAUAUAUAGAACCAGCUGGAAGUCAUUCUUUUUUCAAAAUGCCUGACGAGAUUCUGAGGGAUUUAGGAUGUUCCAACAUUUCAUUGAUGAAUGAAGAUGUUGAUAAAAGUAAUGAUAAUGAAGAAGGUUAUGACGAUGAUGAUGAUUAUGAUGACGAUUUUAAAGGUGGGGAUAGCGAAGAUCAGUCAUCGUCUUUGGAUUUUCAAAACACAGAGAUAAUGACUUUACUACCUGGUGUAAUAAAGGAAUUUGAAAUAAACGGAAAGCUAAAUGUUUUAGAACAAUUCUUUCGUCUCGUAAAAGAAAAGAAAUUUCCUAUGCGUAACAUAGCAUUUUUGCUUUGGUGUGAUGUUGUUAGGUGGUUCGAAAAUUCGGAUACAAGGCAGAUGAGAUACAGUCCUGAGUGUUUGCAGUUUUUCUGGGUCGGAAAGAAACUUUUUGGGGGACGAUUUGUUCGAUUUAUGUCGGGUAUGAAAAGUGAGACUCAGCUGUUAAAAGGCAGUCAUAUGUUUGACCCACAGAAUGCUAGCGUUAACUUUGCCUGUCCGAGUGAGUCAAUCCUGUCAUCUGUGAACCCUUUAGGGGACGAACUUCCAACUUUUUAUAAACCAGGUUUGAUGGAACCAAUGAUCAAGUUUAAAGCACAGAAAGAUGACAAAAACAAUUCUUAUGUUUUAAUGCUGGAUGGUAAAAAAAUAAAACGCGGGACAGACGUAGAUCUCUUAGGUUUUGAAACUGAUAAAACAUUGAAAGAGCGAGAAGAUGAAAGAGACCGACAGCUCAAAGUCUUAGAUAAGUCAAUCAUUGCAAUCACAAGUGCGCAAGAAAAAACAAAUGAGAUACAGGAAACACCAAAGGAAAUGAAAAGCAGCAUUUUGACUCACCUCAUUGGUCUACUACUUCUUUUCUCGGAAGUUUUGCGGGGAUUAAGAAAAUUAAGAUUUAAAAAGCAACAUAGUUUGUCAAAAUUAAAAGACCUUGGUGGCGAUGAAUGGCGAAAAUCUAAAUAUGCCUAUGCAAUUGAUACUUGCAUUACGACGUUGUGGAGAAUCGGAAAUGUGAUAGAUAAAGCUAUGAAUGUUCAGCGUUGCAUCUGCAAAGCUGGAGCUUGCAUAAAUAAAACUGCUCACCUUUUUGCUCAAACUGACAUGAUUGACCUAAACUGUCAGGCGAAUUUGAGAAUUUUAAAAUCUCCGGAUAAAUUACCAGCGGGAACUGUCGUGAAAAACACUUCAAUAAUAAAACAACGGUCUGAUCUUUGGUUUGCCGAAAGAAAGGAAAUGAAAGUCACGGGUAGUUCAAUUUUUCAGGCAAUAGGCUGUGACAGUUUGAAACGACAGGAAGAACAUUUUGAAAAGGUGAUAAAUGGUGUUGAUCCGCCUGAACCAUCUGAAACUCAACAAAAGGCAAUGCAGCAUGGUACUGAUUGCGAGAACCAUCAGGUAGCAACAAUGUGUGGAAUGAUCAUGCCAUUUCUGUAUCCAGACCUAAUAUUUCAAGAAGAAGGGUACUAUGUAAAGGAUAACAUAUUAGUAUCGCCGGAUGGAAGUUUAAGAUCUAUGGACAAUUCUGUUAAAUAUGCGUUUGAAGGAAAAGCUCCUGUGGAGAAAACUUUCACGACAACAUUGCACGAUCAGGUUCCAGACCGUUACAUUACCCAAACUUUGUUUGAGCAAAAGGCGCUACAAGCAGAUGGGACGCUUUAUAUAUCAUGGACUGACUAUUCAUGUACAUUGUUCAAGGUAAUUCCCAAUGAAAAUCUAUGCGACAAAAUUCAAGAAGAAAUCCAUGACCUAUACUAUACAGAAAAACCAAAACGUAUGACACGUUUGUCUAACAGAUCAAAAGAAAUCAAAAAUGACUUGUCAAAAGCAGCCGAACACUGCAUCUUCUUAGGUGAAUUUCCGUCUAUAAAAGGCAGCAUUAAAGAGGAAACUAUUGGUUCUGAGUUUGACGAUGACUCGCCAUAUUUGAAACACACGGUGGCAAAAGGACGAAAUAUUUCCUCGUGUACGUACGAUGAAUUGCAAAGACAUCUACUACUUGGGCAAGAAGUAAUCAAAGACGCUUAUGAAGUACAGCGCGUGAUGGCUUCGCAAGUGGUCGUUUAUCUUCUCGCAGACCUGGACAGAUUUUGGAAAAAUGAACAACCACACGCUAUACCUGUACUGUAUUUUUAUCGUGGUUAUAGUUUAUCAAUGGAUAUAACACGUAAAAUCACGGAAACAUGUAAAACUGCAUGUAGAUCAAAUGGAUUGGAUGUAAUAGUUAGUGCAGCAGAUGGGGAAUUCACACCACUCAUAGUAAGAGGCCGUGAUGGCAAUCCAUUAACUCAACACCAGCUGGCAAAAGAUGUUUGGAAAGAGACCGGAAAGAUGACAAAAUUAGAUAUGAUUAAAGACUUCUUAAAUGAAACCAAAGAAGUGAAGACAACAGUAGAAUUUGUUACAAGUGGGGAUUACUCUCACGAACAACACCAACUCCGAGUGGUUUCUAGUGCAACAGGAGCACUGACGAAAAUACGCACGCCACGUAAAGGUUGGACACAACCAAAGGAUACAAAUAAAAAGGUUAAAGACGUGAAUGUAAUAAACACGAUCGAGGAGGAAGAGGUGAUUGCCGAUUUAAAUAAUGAUGAAGAGAAUGAUCAAAUAGAAAUUCAAGAAGAAAUUCAAACACUUCCGGAUACAAAUGAAAAUAACGAGGUGUCUCAAAAUGAAACGGAGAUAAACAAUACCGAUAAUACACAGGAAGAAAUCCCGGACAAAAUUAUCGAUUUUGUAGAUAUUUCAAGCGCUUUGUCUUCUUUGAACUAUCAAAAAUGGUCAAAUAUUGCAUCGGAUGUUCUAGGUCAGUAUUUUCAAUCAGCAGAUACCUUAAAACGGUUCACUGUCAAAGAGUUAAUCGAAGUGACAAAGUGUAUAAAUAGUAAACAGAUAGACAAAAGUAGACUUUUGAAAACCAGUAACUUGAAAAAACAUGACUUAGUUAACCAGCUUUCAGAACUGAUUGCGGAUGGUUCAAAGAUCCCUGAAAAAAUUAGUCAGAGAAAACGGAACGUACCAUCUCUUAAGAAAAUAGCUCAACGUGUAAUUAUGAAACGGUCAUACCCGAAACGGGUAUUAAAUGUUGCAUAUAGCAAUUUUAUUUGGCCGGAGAAAUUAAGGCAGUGGACAGUAAAUGCGCGCGUAAGUAACGCGGUAAAGAUAUAUGGUAUAGAUGAAGACUUCUAUCCAUAUUAUGUGCCCGAUAAAAGUGAACAAGGGGAUUUCGAGAUCUUUGUAUACGAUAAAACUCACCUUGGAAGCAACCUGAGAAAGGCAAUUUGUUUAGAUCGGGUUUACGGUGUGUCAAAGAAAGCAUGGCAAAGUGUUUCAGAAGUAAGGCCAGAUAUUCUGAAUCCAACACUUUUAGAAGUAACUGAAGAGGGGAAAAUAAUAGAUCAGAUGAAAGAAAGACUGGCACGUAAUAUGUUAAGCAAAAAUGUAGAGGAGCAGAUGAGAGAGAACGGUGAUAUUCAAGAAGCCAAUUUUUGCGAGGUCGUGCGAGAGGGUUUAUAUUCAGCAGAUGACACACCAGGUAUUCCAGCUGUUGACAGAUGCAAAAAAAGAUUAGCCCUUAUAGAAUGAUUAAAUGAAGGUGUUUGUUUCGGUGAUUUCCCGCCAUACGGAGCAAAUAUUAAGGGUCUCUCACAUAUACUAUACGAGGGUCUCAGAAGUAGCAACGAAGCAAAGUUAUAUUUAUAUGCAAUUGCAAAGAAAGGUACCUACUGCGUAAGAGCCCCAAACACAUUAUGCUCAGAGAGCUUUUUUUCAACUAUGCAAGAAAUGGACCCAUGGGGACAAGGCAUAUUGACCUCCGAUGGUGUGGAAAAACAUAUCUCCGACUUCACCACAAUAACAGCAUUGAAAAUGAAGGAAGACAGAUCAUUUCAUCUUAAGACGAAAAGGGACGCAGCAUACCCUGUACCGACGUUAUCAUCUUACAGUGAACUGUCGUCGGAAAAAAUUCUUCCGCCAUGUCAUUGCAGAGAAAGACGACAUAUAAGUUGCAUUGUCCCAAAGGACCAUUAUUUUGACACGGAUGCUCGAGCUAGGCUUAAACGCACAGAGAAACCCUUUCGCUUUUCGGAUAUUAAUCAACCACAGCGUGGGGAGCAGCCAAUCAGAUCACAGUAUGGUUAUAGAAUAAAUGAAUCCAAAGUUCUUCUUUCCAAACGUUUGGGACUGAAUUUCGAUAAAUGAAUGCUGAGUGUCAAUACUAUGAAUUUAAAUAAAUAUUGGAUGAUUCACUUAUCACAGACUUUUUUGAUUUCCACAUAAUUCAAAUUCGGGUAACUUAUAUUGGAUGUAUUUCAUCGUGUAUCAGUAAAAUAAACACAACACAUUUCCCUGUGUUAUACGAAACAACUGCAUGCAUGAAAUGUCGUUCAAAGACGCAAAAAGGAAUACUAGAAAGUGAGCAUACCUGGCAUUAAAAGUGCUUAAAAUUACUAAUGUAAUGCUAUACUGCCUGAAGACUUUAAAAGACAUUUGAAUGUUUUGAUGACAUAACUGGAAAAUGUUUAUUACUAUAGAAAUAAUAGGCUAACUGUUCCGUUUCAGAAGUGUUGGUGUUAUAAUAUUGCAAUGGCAGCAUAAGAAUUGUUAUUAUUUGUUUUCACGUUUCAAUUACAUUGUAUCCAUUCUGUACAUGGGUACUGAAUAAAAAAAACAAACAGUUUGAGUUAUAUUUCUUUGUUUACAUUGCAUAAUCACAGUGGUGUUUAAUCACAAUUUGGAAUCACAUGAAAUCACAAUUCUCAUACUGCUUAGUAUGAAACAGAAAUAAUAAAAUAAAACUUAGCUAACUGCUUGAUCAUUAAAACAAGAUUAAAAUAAUA